UACUGUAAGCAAGAAGAAAUGAAGAAAUAACGUGUUGUUAUUGUUGUUGUUGUUUAAAAUCUGAUCUUUUAUGUAUUCCCUUCAGCUACUCCUCAGCUGUAUGUGAAUGCUCAGAUGGUAACUGGAUAUGAGGGCAACAAUGCUGUGAUUUCCUGCCAUCAUCAAACCAAGAAACCAAAAGAAUGGUGUAAGAUUGGUGGUGCAUGUGUGAGCACUACUGGAAACAUGAGUGGUGCCUGGGUUCAGCUCAGCAGUAUGGAUGGGGGUUUUAGUGUGACCAUGAGCAAGCUGACGAUGGACAACACAGGAUGGUACUGGUGCUCAGCAGGAGAUGAACAGAUGCCUGUUCACAUCACUGUGCUGAGCAGAAAACCCAACAGGGAGAGACGCUCAUUUGCAUGGCUGGUAUUUUUGGGAUUGCUGAUCACAUUAAUUUGUAUGGCUGUGAUUGUGUUCAGGAAACAUAAAAAAAAAUGUCAAAUGUUGUCAUUGCGCAAAAGGCCUGAGAAUACAUAUGUAAGCAUGAAAAAACCAAAACUACAAACAAAGCAACAUGAAGAUGAAAACGUUGAAGCUCAAGAGUAUGAAAUUAUGUCCAGUCCCAUGCAAAGACUGGAGGUUCAGGAGAAGAACCCUGAAGACAAUGAAUCACCAAAGACUGACGGAGGUCACAUUACGCACAAAGUUGACGUUGUUCCUGAAGGACUUUACAGCAUCUGCUGAAUGUGAUUUGCUUUACAUUAAUAUGAAGUCUAAAGAAAUACUUUUCCAUAAGCAGAACUGAAGAACCAUGCAGAGCUGUCCAAGAUCAGAUUCGCCAAAAGUUUACGUGUAUUUUUCAAAUACCUUCCAAAGAAUAAACACAUCAACAGAAUGAAUAUUUUAUAACACGCUAAAAUCUAGUCACACAGAGUACUGCUGCUUCAUAACUAAUUUAAAAUGUUUUUAUCUUUGCCUCUAAUCUGACAGCACAAGGCAAGGGCGUCUGUGUUUACUGUGUAAGAGAACUCUAUGAAAGCAGGGAGCUACACUUUAAUACUGCAUGUGGUGACUCAUUUUUCCUCAACAAUGUUCAGGAAAGCAUUGCACUGAGCUCGACUGAACGCCAUUAUUGCAAUUGUGCAACUUUUUUGACGUUGCAGUUUGCACUUGUCCUCAAGAGGGCCUCAGUGAUAUUUGUUUAGCUUCAAUUGAGUACGGUAUGUAAUUGUUUGGUAUACAUUUAUACAUGGUGUAAAUAUGCAAACCAGCAUUACUCUAUGGUCUUCAGGUUAUUAUAUUACAUAUUCUCUAAGUACUUUGUAUCAGUUCAUGUUUUCUAAGUUGGUCUGGAUAAAUGUAUCUGCCAACUGAUUCAUGAUAAUGUAAAUAAACAUGUAUAGGGAAAAAAAAGAUAUAUUAUACUUUGUUAUAUGCUUUGUAAGUCGCGUUGGAUAAAAGCGUCUGCUAUAUGAAUAAAUGUAAAUGUAUUACACCAGUGUGUGUGUUCUGUAUUGUACAGUACAUGUGUUGCUGAAUUCUCAGAUCUGACUGACUGGGACUAUUAUUGCAAAAUAAUCUAAUAAAAUAAAACUUUGUGGUGGUUAUACUAACUGUGCUUCAUAUCAGGACGCAUCACACCACAUCAUCAUUGUUUA